AUUUUUUAGACGAUCAUUACGCAUAAAUGGUUACAUAAAUGGUUCGAUGGUUGCAGCUUAUGACACUGACCCCCCUGUUCACCACAGGACUAUACAACAACACUAAAGUUCACGGUGAUGACAGGCUGAAAUUACCAAGACAGAUGCGGUCACUAGUCACAAGUUUUCAAAAUUAUUUCAGUAUGACCAUGGACUGGUGUUUGGAACUUCUUCUGUGGAAUUAUACAGGUUCGGGAACUGUUGGGGACCCGGGCUAUUACAUGACUUCAUUUACAAACACCAUCUGGCAACCGAUGACGUCUAAGGCGCCACUUUAUGAGUCAGAACUUUCUUAUCGGGAGAAAAACGAAGACUAUGAAGACGGCCAAGAAAGCUGUUGCAUUUCCCAGUUUGAGGAAGAAAUCUGGAGUAAAGAUGAGAUCUGCUGUAACGACGAAAUCAGGAGCAGGGGCGAUGUGCUUUCUUCUUUUGAUGACGUUCUGAGCGAAGAAGUAGCAGAUUGUUUCGUAAGCGAAAAUAAGGAUCCUGAAACACCAGAAAAAGAGGACAACAAUGGCUGCGCCGUGUGCCUUGGGUUGAAUUAUAACAACGAUUCCGAGAGUCUAGAUGUGACCAUCAUGGAGUGCCGAGAACUUCCGAAAGUACAUGUUUCUCUGAAGAAACAGAAAUUAAAUCCCUAUGUGAAAUCGUACCUGACAACUGCAAACAUCAAAUAUGGCAAAAAGAAAACAAGAACCAUGCCUGGUUCUACAAAUCCGAAGUUCUAUGAAAAAUUUCGGUAUUAUAUCUCCCAUUCACGUCUGCGGGACUUGAUGUUGAUAGUAGCCGCUUGGCAUCACAGCAAAUUUGGCCGUAACUUCUGCAUCGGUCAAACAACUAUUCAACUGAAGGACUUUUGUUUUGGCGAGCCAUUCCAACGAUGGUAUAAACUUGAACAUAGUGAAUAGAGAGGGAGAAAUCUAUCAUCCAUGUUUCAUGAUGAUGUGAACAGUGGUACUGUCCGGCAUGGAAGUUAUUGUAUUUUUCUAGCUUUUUAUAACAACUAUUACCAAAAAUCGAUUUAGAAAUACUCAUAUAAAGAUGAAAUGGUUAAAACGGUUAUAUUAUAAUAAAUCAUGGAGAGUAUUAUAUAUUUGGUAUUUAUUU